UUUUCUACUUUUUUUAUUUUUUAUUUUUUUCUGGACUGUUUUUCCUGCUUUUCAACCACCUUUACAUCUCACACGCUCUCUCACAUCACAUUCCAAAAAGUGGUCUCUUCUCUCCUUUCAAGCGACAUAGCGGAUGAGAGAGAAGGAAGAAGGAGCGCCUCCACCGAUGGCCGGCCGAUUUAUAUGAGCAGUUAUCUUCAAUGGACGGGCCCUGUCUCUUUGUCCUCCUCCUCCUCACUGCAACAGCACUUGCAGAUGGAGCGCAAACAGGUGGAGGCAAAGGAGAAGCUGCUUUUGUGGGGGUGAACAUAGGCACAGACGUCUCCGAUGUCCUCUCCCCCUCCGACCUCGUCUCCCUUCUGCAGCGCCAGAAGAUCACCCAAGUCCGCCUCUACGAUGUGGACAAGGACAUCCUCAAGGCCCUAGCCCGCACCAGCAUCCAGGUCAUGGUUGGAGUCCCUAACAACCAACUGCUCGCCAUUGCUCAAUCCAAUGCCACUGCGGCAGCCUGGGUCCAACGCAAUGUUGCUGCCCACCUCCCGGACACUGACAUCAUUGCAAUAGCCGUGGGCGAUGAGGUCCUCACCUCCCUCCCCUCUGCUGCCCCUCUCCUCCUCCCUGCCAUAAAAUCCAUCCACUCGGCUCUAGUCUCUGCCGCUCUGGACUCCAAAGUUUAUGUGUCCACCCCCCACUCGGCCGACAUUAUCGUCGAUCCAUUUCCCCCCUCUCAAGCUUUCUUCAACCAGUCUUUCAACUCUGUCCUCUUGCCUCUGUUACAGUUUCUCCGCCAAACUGGGGCUCCACUUAUGAUGAAUCUAUACCCUUACUAUGUGUUUAUGCAGAAUAAGGGGGUUGUUCCCAUUGAUAAUGCUCUGUUCAGGCCGCUGACCCCUGCGAAAGAGGAAGUUGACCCGAACACAUUGCUGCAUUACUUGAAUGUGUAUGAUGCCAUGAUCGAUGCGGCUUAUUUCUCAAUGGAAAACGUUAAUGUCACUGAUGUUGUGGUCAUGGUAACUGAGUCUGGGUGGCCGGGAAAGGGGGACUCAGAGGAACCUUAUGCUACCAUCGACAAUGCCGAUACAUAUAAUUCGAACCUGAUCAAGCAUGUUUUGGACCGGAGUGGCACGCCCAAACAUCCGGAAAUCACAUCGAGUGUUUAUAUCUACGAGCUUUUCAAUGAGGAUUUGAGGCCUCUCCCUGUUUCUGAGAUGAAUUGGGGCUUGUUUUAUGGGAAUGGAACACCUGUUUAUUUGCUUCAUGUUUCGGGGACAGGGGUGUUUAUGGCGAAUGAUACAACAAACCGAACUUUUUGUGUAGCGGUAGAAGAUGCGGACAAGAAGAUGUUGCAGGCGGCGUUGGACUGGGCCUGCGGGCCUGGGCACACGAAUUGCACUGAGAUACAGCCUGGAGAGGUUUGCUAUGACCCCAACAAUGUGAAGAGCCAUGCUUCAUAUGCAUUUGAUAGCUAUUAUCAGAAAGAAGGGAAGGUGGGAGGGUCCUGUGAUUUCAACGGGGUUGCCACCGUCACAACCACUGAUCCGAGUCAUGCGAGCUGCAUCUUCCCUGGAAGUACAAAAAUAAGUAAUGUUACAAGAGCAGGAAAUGGGACAAGCACUAACAACCAGGGUUGCAGAACAAAUAGAGGAGAUGAACAAGGCUUCAAGAUUUCCAUUAUUUGCUUCAUCCUCACUUGUUUCUUUUGGCCAUGGGAAGUGGCAAGAUUUGCAGCCAGGCUCUCCUAGAGAGAGAAUAGAUAGGAAAGGUCGAGAGAAAAAGAGAGGGGAAUCGAGCCUAAAUUCUUUGAUUUAUUUCAAUUAAUUUUGUGUGAAUGGAGAAAAGGGGUUGAAGUGUCAGCAUUUCAUUCCUUUAAUUUUGGAAACUUUAUUCAUUGGUAGGCCGACCACAUGAAUUGGGAUGGUCCUCCCCGCUCUUUUGGUUUAUAUAAUGCUAAGUGUAAUGCCUUUGUAAUUUAAUAGCUUUGUGGCGAGGGAGUGUGCCUAUGUAAUUUGAUAGCUUUAUGGCAAGGGAAUGCUUAAAGGGUGCGGUUUGUAUAUGGCCGAGGCUCUAAACAAUUAAAGUAAAGUGCAUCUUUAGUGUCGAGAAA